GGCGUUUGAAGCCCCUCUGAGCGCUGUCACAAGCUUUGUAUAGGUCCCCAUCUUCCUUUCUUUCUACUAGCUCUCUGCGAAAGUUACUGGUCAUCAGCUGGAUUCUUGAUCUGGCUUUUCAAUGGCUCUGGGAACCCUGGCUGCCCUUGGCUUGUUGGCUUUCUUCCGCAUCGGCCAGUUCGCUGUUCACACCCCUGCUAGCAUAUCUCAGUGCAAGCCCGCCACCAUAACAUGGUCCGGAGGGUCUGAGCCAUUCGUUGCCCAUAUCACUCGUGGUGGGACGCCCAAGGCGGCUCCGCUCGAAUAUUUGGGCCCGCAGAACGGUCACUCACUGACCUGGACGCCUAACUUUGCAGCUGGGUCCUCUAUCGCUAUCGUGAUCAAGGACGCGAACGGAAAUGCUGCUGCAUCAGCACCGAUGACCGUCAAGGAGAGUGACGAUUAUAGCUGUCUUGCAUGAACCGGGUAUGUGUGGCGACAGAGACAGCGAUUAGCCUACUUCGUUCUUUUUGUUGGGAUGGGUAUGAUUCUUCAUGAUCUUCAUUUUAUUUAUUUGUUGCUCUUUCAAGUUAUAUCUAUCGUGGUGUAUCGUUACAGAGUCGUAAAUUCGUGAUUGCAACCGCACUGUGAUUCAGAUAUUAUCGUUGAUCCAUAUCGUGAGGCAGU